AGUCCCUGAGAACAGACAACCACCGGUGCAGAACCAAGUCUCACAGCAGAGGCAAGUGAUGCAGCGACAGGACCCAGCUCCGGAGCAGAGACGGACCCCGACCCUCCAUGUGAUCCACAGGCCACAGAAGCCUCGCUCGCCGUCUCCCGAGGCAGUGGAGUCGCCGAGGCUGAGCGGGGGAUCACCAAGCUCCAAACAUGGUCUCUCUUUCAAGGUGCUGCAAGUUUUGACAGGAACAGACGAUGACGAGGGUGUCGAGCCUCCUCCAACUUCAGACGGAAAGGGUAAGAGUCGCUUCAACUCACAGGACGAUGAAAUGACAUUUAGCGGUAUUAACAAGCGCGAAGAGGUCCCUUCGCACACGUUCAAACGUCUGAUGCGUAUGACAAGUAAAGACGAGCUUGAGACACAGGGUUUACAACGCCCUGCUCCCACCGCUGCUAAUAUCAAAGUAAGAGCGCCGGUAAAGGAACAACCACAGCCAACACACAUCAACCCAGCUGCCCAAGUAUACACUCCCCAAGAGCCGGUGAAUGUACCUCCCCCAGUACCGCAACACGUGGUCUACAACGCACCUGCUCCUGCCUCGCCAGUAAUGUACAGUCCGCCACAACAGAAUUCAGGUAUGGUCAGUCCGCCGGUCACGGUGAAGACGAUGACCCCAGGACGCGUGGGGACUCCGCCAGGGCGGCGCCCCGGCUCUCCUACCACUCAGAGCUAUGCGAUUUCUCCCCUGGCUGCGGCAAGCCCCCCGUCCCCAACACAGCAGUACUAUAACAUAGCUCCGAUGCCAGUCAGUGUACCGGUAUCAGUACCCAUACAACACUACGAGGAUGAUGAUGCUUAUGAAGGUCCGAUUGGCAAAUAUGAUGAGACGUCCAUUAGGUACAAGGGCAGAAAUAUUCCAUCCAAAUCUUUUAAACUGCUACAACAGAUGACUGGCGGCCCCGACACUGUCUUUUUAGACCCAGCUCCUAGCCAGCAACAAACCCGAAGACGGGCCAGAGGGUCCCCUGAAGCCGGUACAAGAAAUAUCCAAAUCAUGCACAUCUCUUCCAAUCAACCGCCACCACCCCAGCUCGCUCCCCAGCAGUUCUCCAUACAAAUCCAAAGAGGCACCCCAUCCCAGUCUCCUGGCACGCCCCCUGGCGGGCGACAGAGACCAAAGUUAUCCAAGCUUCCUGAAAGCAUCAAACGGGCGUCCUUCGACGAGGACCUGCCUCCUAGUUCUCCCCCGCCACACGGCUGGGAGAGCCGCGCCAUGAGAAUCCUGCAGCUGGCAGAGAGAAAGAAGGCGACGGCGUUUGAUGGCUCAUCUGACCUGUAAUAUGACUUUUUCUAGAUAAUUGGCGCUGUAAAACGCCAACUUGUAUUUUGAAAUCCUUCAAAAGCAUCUUGCCCUUAUUGUACGUGUUACAGAUCGAAUCCAACAAGCACCCGCCUCAGACUUUUGAAGAAUGGGGAAUUAGAGAAAGAAGAAGACAUUGGCUGUCAAAGAAAAUGGUAAUACUCUGUUUUCUGGCCACUAAAUGGUGAUUUAAUUUCUGUCGGACAAUCGUCCAUUAUCAAUUCAUGACGUUAUCAUCGAAUCCCAACCAAUCACGUCACUGUCGAAUCCCAGUUCAUGGCACCAGUUCGUGUCUUUGAUGUUGUAGAUCUUUACUAGCACCGAUACGUAUGUGCAUUUGCAUAAAAUAUAAGUAUGCGCAUUGACGAAACUUCAGCAAAAAGAUUUUAGUAGAAACGAAAUGACUGUUACUAUAUUCCGCAAAUAUGAUGGAUAUAAAGUGUUACUGAACAGAGGGAAAACCAAAUUCAGAUGCGCAUUUGUGUCAACGUUCGGUAUGUAAAUUAUAGCGUAUAUACAGUAUGCUUUUUAAUGUGGAAGGAAAACGUUACAGCCAGACAGUCAAAGAAGAUGUUUUGAAGAAGAUGUACUGAGGAGGAUGAAGUAAGAUGAAGAACACUUACAAACCGUGAGGCGAUUAUAUUAUGAUAUAAUGUAUUGUUCCGUAAGUUUGCCAUGAACUACUCAAUAUUUACCGUGUGGAAAUACAAUACCUUAAGGAAUGAUUAUAUCAUUUGGAGAGUGUUAUGUAUAAAGGAGAUAGGUCCGUGUUUUAUGUGUUUCUUGUCGACUGUGUACUGCUGAUACCAUAAAUACUUAAGUUUGGGUAAUGCAUGAUAUAAAAGACCAUGGAAUUUAUUGAACUAAAGAUUAUGGCACUUAUAAUGUAUUGCUCUUCGAGGUGUGUAUGGCCUUUAUCGAGGAAUCAAACCUAACGUAUUUCAGCGGAUUUUAUGGCGUAUUUGUGCUACUGUCUUGCUUAUGUCUAAGAAAAGUCACUGCUCAGUCAUGUACGUGAUAAUGAACCUUACGUCACUAUUCUUAGACGGUGAUGUAUGCACGCUCAAGGCCAAUCUUUUGUGGAUUAUUUGAACUGCUAGUACAGCUACCUUGGGCUUAAAACUCGUCAACAGUAUUAGUAAGUUUAUAAAUCAGGUGAUAGCAUGCGCAGGUUAGCGUUCAUUUCUUAUUUAUUUGUUCUUAUUUGGAGAGUGACUAAUAGCCAACUCUAUGCCGACUUCAGUUCUAUAUAUAUGAUUCACUUCUACUUUGGUGUUCAUUCUUCAAACAUUUUGAAGCAGUGAUUGGUUUUAGAUUUUGGUCAUUGGAUAAUUUAAAAUAGAUCGAGAGCAUUGAUUGUCAGCGCUGUUUUCAAUUAUGUCUAUUUGUUCAACGUAAAACCAGAAGCAUCCUGCAUUUAGUUCUUAAAUCCUGAUAUCACUCGUGACGGGUACUGGUUUGGGGAGUAGGGGUGAGGGGGGGGGGCAUUGCCCACGUGUCCCACGAUAACGAAAGGGUUGCCGUCUUUGUGUAGACUCAUCAAGCAAUACGUCUUUUGUCCUCUUUGUAAACUAAAAUUAUCAUAUAUGUAACCUAAGUUCUUAAAUAACGCCUUUUAUUUAUUGUUCGAUUUUUUUCGUAUGUUUGACAUACCGUACUUGUAGCCUCACUUUGCGGUUUGCUCUAAUUAAUAAAUACUUCAAUGCAAUUGUC